GGAUAUAUCAAUAUAUAAGUGAUUGAAACCCAUCUCCUUCUCCAUCUUCACGACUAAACUCUUCCAAGUUCCAAUCCAGGAUCUACUCUUUACAGUAUUCUUUGUCCAUGUUUGUUAAUACACAGUCAAAGUCUAUAGUCCUCCAGACAUCUUAUAUCGCAGCACCCCAGUUGAAGUUUGAAACGCCAAGUCUUCUUCUUUUGGCUCUCUCUUUGAAAAUCGUGAUGUCUAUAUAAACUUAUCUCUUCGCUUACUACCUAGCUAGCUAGCUAGCUAAAUAAAAGUUCAUAAAUACCAUUGUUAAUUUCUAGUGCAAUAGCAUUAUCUGGUAGUAAGGAAAAUUAGGGUUUCAAUUAAAGGAUGGCGGGAGGAAAAGAAGGAAGAUCUUUGGAGCAAACACCAACUUGGGCAGUUGCCGUUGUUUGUUUUGUUUUGGUUUUGAUUUCGAUCCUCAUCGAAUAUUUCAUUCAUUUAAUUGCAAAGUGGUUAACAAAGAGAAACAAAAGAGCUCUCUAUGAAGCUCUUGAGAAGAUCAAAGCGGAGCUUAUGCUAUUAGGGUUCCUAUCUUUGCUUCUAACAGUAGGACAAGGCCCCAUUUCAAAUAUUUGUAUAUCGAAGGCUGUUGGAGCAACUUGGCAUCCUUGCAGUAAGAAGCACGAGGUCAAAUCAGACAAGGGCGAAGAUAAGAGUAGUGAUUCAGAUAACAACGCCCACAGAAGGCUUCUCUCAGCCUUGGAUUCCAAUGGGGGUGGACGACGUGUUUUAGCAGCCAGCGGAUAUGACAAAUGUGCAGCCAAGAACAAAGUUCCAUUUGUGUCAUUUUAUGGAGUCCACCAGCUUCACAUACUCAUCUUCGUGCUAGCCGUCUUUCACGUGCUUUACUGCAUAACAACCCUAGUGUUGGGCAGAGCAAAGAUGAGAAGAUGGAAAAUAUGGGAACUGGAAACAAAGACAGCUGACUACCAAUUCUCACAUGACCCGGAAAGAUUCAGAUUUGCCAGAGACACAUCCUUUGGAAGAAGACACUUGAGCUUUUGGAGCCGCUCUCCCAUUAGCUUAUGGAUUGUUUGCUUCUUCAGGCAGUUCUUUAGAUCCGUGCCCAAAGUUGAUUACCUAACUCUGCGCCAUGGGUUUAUUGCUGCACAUUUGGCUCCUCAAAGUCAAACUAAGUUUGACUUCCAGAAGUACAUUAACAGGUCACUUGAAGAGGAUUUCAAGGUUGUCGUAGGGAUCAGCCCAACUCUUUGGUUAUUUUCUGUAUUAUUCCUCAUGUCUAAUACCCACGGCUCACGUUCAUACCUGUGGCUCCCAUUUGUUCCCCUAGUUAUGAUCUUAAUGGUAGGGACAAAGCUGCAAGUUAUAAUAACGAAGAUGGGACUGAAAUUAUCAGAAAGAGGUGAAGUGGUUAAGGGGACCCCGCUGGUUGAGCCUGGUGACCAUCUCUUCUGGUUCAACAACCCUCGCCUGCUUCUUUACAUCAUCCACUUUGUUCUCUUCCAGAAUGCUUUUGCGCUUGCUUUCUUUGCAUGGACUUGGUAUGAAUUUGGGUUGAAGUCUUGCUUCCAUGAGAAGUUAGAAGAUGUCGUUUUAAGAAUAUCAAUGGGAGUCGUUAUACAAAUCCUGUGCAGCUAUGUAACUCUUCCACUUUAUGCGUUGGUAACACAGAUGGGUUCAACUAUGAAGCCUGUAAUCUUCAAUGACCGAGUGGCGACCGCACUCAAAAAAUGGCACAUCACAGCGAAGAAACACAUAAAACACAACAAGAAUGUAAGUCCAGCCAGUGCAUCGGGCACUCCCUCGCAUGCCAUGUCCCCUGUUCAUCUACUACGCAACUAUCAAUCCGAACAGGACACUGAAAGCGUUCGAACGUUACCAAGAAUGUCUUAUUUUGAUAACGAAGGUUCAGACUCACCGUUCCAUCACCAAGACGAUUUGACUUGGUCUCAGCUAGGUACAAACCUGCAGGGUCAGGAGGAAGAGAUUAGUGCUCAUGGGCGUAACUCGGAGAGCAAUGCUUUAGGCGGUUAUGGUUCGAUAAUUCAACAUGAGAUUCAAGUUCAAUCGGCGAAAUUGACAUUUGAGGAAUCAGAUACGGAGUUGAGAAAUUUGGAAGUGAACGGGAUGGGACUUGGAACAUUACAAUCAAACCUAAAGCCCGAUCUUAUAAGCUUCCCAAUGAAUCACUGUACAUGAAGACACUCGGUGCUAGAUAUCAUUAGUUGUAUAAUUGUAACGUAAAUUUCGAUAUUCAUGAAAAUAAAACUUCACCUUGACGA